ACUACAUCCGAACCCCAAUGAGCAGCUCCCCCGGGUCCUCCGCCCUUAAGUUUUUGUCAGUGUCAGUCUCCAGCCCAGAGCCUCAUAGAGGUUAAGCCGCUAUAGCUGUCCAGUUCUCCUGGGAAGAGAGUGAGGAUUUCCGGUGGCAGGCUCAGGGCUGCAUAUCCAAGGCUAGGGGCUAGGAGUAAGGGGUUAGAGGCUGGGGCUAGGUGCUGGCGUUUCGGUUGGGGGGCUGGACGCUCAGGUUAGAGGACCGCAGCUGAGAGUGUGAGAGGCGAGAGCCUGGGGAUGCAGGGAUGGAGAUGUUGGAGGUCUUCAGGGUGAGGUUGGGCAGUGAGGGGAGGAAGAGGCUGGGAGACUGGGAAGGGACAGAAAAGUAGGGAUGGGGGAGGAGGUACAUGCUGAGAGGUGAUAGCCUGGCAGUAUCGGGCAGACUGGGGGACCUAGGGCUAAAGCUGGUAGCCAGCCUGACAGAGCGGGAUGGCUCCGGAACCAGGAAAAGUAAGGAAACGCAGCUCAAAAAGGCCGAGUGUGGGAGAGACCUGCCCGGUACACAGCGGUGUGGACCCCCAGGAAGACCAGGACCUGAGCACCGAUUGCGGCGUUCGCUCCCUGCGCGCCUCCAGCCUCCCCGCGCGUUGCACGCUGGCACCCCCGCCCACUGCGCCAGCUGCAGGCCAGCUCCUCCCUGCUUCUACCAGACUCUUCAUCCUCGGUCAGCUCCGCACUGGCCAACUCAGCCGCGGAGCCCAGGGACUCCCGAGCCGCAAACGCAUUGGAGAACUUGCUCCUCGAAGGGAAGGCUGGGCCGGAAAUCGGACCCUGCGUAUAGCCCAGAGGAGCGAAAACUUGUGGAAAUCGGACCUUGCCCUCGGAGUCCUGAGUCAAGGACACGAGUCCCCAGGCGGCACGGAAAACAGGUGGCAUUCAGCAAAUACGUCACGGCGACAACGGAUGCGGCCCGCCUCUUGGGGCGGGUGGCCACAAGGUGGAGCUACGGCGCAACCCUGCACCGCGUGCCUGGCCUCCUGACGCCCCCUGAGGCGGCUGCUCUCCAGGGGCCUCCCGCGGUCCUUCUUUGCCGCAGGUCAUUCAUCCUCCCACCUCCAACCCACUUCCUCCCAUCUUCCCCUGAUGGCCCGUCAAGGUUGUGUCUCAUCCAACCCUAGAUAGAAGGUGCCUCCUCUCCCCAGCCCCUAA